AUGUCGAAAUUGUUCAACUCUCUUAUGUUGGUCCUAGGUCUUCUGGUCCUGCUCACACCUUCUCUCGCUCGAAACGUAGAUGAGGAAGAGCUGUUGAAACACCACCGCCCCGCCGACCAUGCUUCGCCGCCUCAUAACCACCACGCACAUGCUCCCCACCACCACCACCACCACGCUGGCGGCCAUGCUUCACCGGCUCACAACCACCACGCACAUGCUCCCCCGGCUCAUAACCACCACGCACAUGCUCCACACAACCACCACGCCGGUCAUGCUUCACCGGCUCAUAACCACCACGCACAUGCGCCCCACCACCACCACGAAGGCGGCAACCACCACGCACAUGCUCCCCACCACCACCACCAAGGCGGCAACCACCAUGUUCAUGCUCCACCCCACCACCACGCUCAUGCUCAUGCUCCUAAACCAAGCCACCACCAUGGUCAUAUCGCUGAUAGUUAUGCCCAUGCACCUGCUCCCCACCACCACCACGAAGGCGGCAACCACCACGCUCAUGCUCCCGCUCCCCACCACCACCACGCUCAUGCACAUGCUCCUAAACAAGGCCACCACCAUGCUCAUGCUCCAUCACCCAAACAUGGUUGA